AUAUGUUAUAAAAAAGCCUUUAUAAAUUCCAAAGCCUGUAAAGUUGGCCUCUUCUCGAAAUUCCUUUCCAAACCUGAAAAGGUUUUAAAACAGAAAAAAAUACAGAGGUUAUAAAUCUGUAUCUUUCCUCUCUGCUUGUGAUACGAAGAGAGAGCGAGGGAAUUUCAACAAACACCGCCCUUAGCAAAAUCCAGGUUCUGUUUGUUUCCCUGGAAAUCAAUUGCUUGCCCUUCUUCGUUUUGCGUUGGAUUUGUAUCCGCCUGUUUUUGAAUCUAGGGUUUCUGCGAGUUGAUUUUAGUACCGAUUGUGAUUGAACAGUGAUUUUGAAGAGCGAGAUGUACAACGGAAUAGGGUUACAAACUCCAAGGGGGUCUGGGACCAAUGGUUACAUACAGACUAACAAGUUCUUCAUCAAAUCGAGGACCGGAAAGGUCGCCGAUUCGUCCAGAGGCUUUGACGACGACCAGGGCAUGGGCGGCGUCAUGAAGAAGGCCAACAAGGACAUCCUCGAGCAUGAUCGCAAGCGCCAGAUUCAGCUCAAGCUUGUGGUGCUCGAGGAUAAGCUCACCGAUCAGGGUUUUACGGAUGCUGAGAUCGCGGAGAAGCUCCAGGAGGCUCGGAAGACUCCCGUUGUGAUUUCCGAUAAGAAGGUUUCAGAUACACAGACCCACCAAAUUGCUGCCAGGAAGGAGAAGCAAAUGGAAACAUUAAGAGCUGCUCUUGGGCUAGCUUCAUCUGAUUUAACAGAAAAAGAUACUGAUGAGGUUGAUGAUGGACUGAAAAGUAGUCGGAAGAAUGGUCCAAAUGAUGAUGGCAGGCCUCAGGAGAGAAGCGAGCAUGCAUUUUUGGACAGGGACUAUUCGCGGAAGAAACAUGGGGAGGAAAAGCAGAAAGCUGAAAAAGAUGAUAAGAAAAAGAGUGUGAAAGAAUCUAGGCGGAACAAGAAGGAAGAAAGUAGGAAGAAAAGGCAUAAGUAUGAUUCUUCUGAUACCGAUAACAGUGGUAGUCCUCCGAAAGCUGAUAAAAAGAAGAAGCGCCGCGGAACUAGUAGCAGUGAUGAAGAUGAUUCUGAAGUUGAUGUUGGCAAGAAGCACAAGGUUGCAAAGAAGCACAAUAAAAGAAGAAAUGAAAACACCGAUGAUUCCGAUUCUGCCACCAGUGAUGAUGAUGCGAAGGACAGUUCAAGAAAGAAAGUUAAUAAGUUCAAAAAACCUCAUAGGAGGCAUGAUUCCGAUGAAGAUGAUUCAGAAGUUGAUGGUAGAAAGAAGCAGAAGGUUGUAAAGAAGCAUGAUAACAGCAGAAAGAAUGACACUGAUGAUUCUGAUUCUGCUACCAGUGAUGAUGGUGCUGAGGGCAGAUCCAGAAAGGAAGUUGAGAAAUCCAAACAACCUCGUAGGAGGCAUGAUUCUGAUGAAGAUUCUGGUUCUGAUAAAGACUUCUCGAAGAGCAGAGCUGAAAAGGAGAAACUACAUGUGAAACCAAGCAGGCGGCAUGAUUCUGAGGAUGAGUCUGAUUCUGACAGCAGGAUGGAAAGGAAAAAAAGUCAAGUUGAGAAGCAGAGGAAUCAGCAUGGUAGCCGAAAGGUAGAGCGAGAUAAUUUUGUCGUGGAGGAUGACAACAAAGGCAACAAUGUUAAAAGUGGAAAAAGCAGGAAAAAUUAUGAUGUGGAUGAUGAAUCUGACUAUGAAAGGUCCAGAAAAAGUAGAGGUGCAAUAACAGAAAAGAGUAGAGGAAGUGGCAGGAUUGAUACUGAUGAUGAUGUGACUGUAGAACAUGAGGACAGAGUUCACAGCAAGGAUGGUGAACCACAAUGGGUUAGUAGGAGGGGUAAUCAGGAUUACGAAGAGCGUGGAGGAGGUAGAAGCCGCAGCAAGGAUGAUCAGGAGCAUAAGGGUAGAAAGCACGGAAGGGAUGAAGAAGAUCAUGGAAUGCGUGGAAGACACAGGGAGGGAGAAAAUAGGGGAAGGAAGCAUGGAAGAGACGAAGAGGAUCAUGAAUAUAGAAAGCACAGAGAAAAUCACGAAGAGGAGCGUGGAAAUAGAAAGCUUGGGAAAAUGGAGGAAGAACAGGGAAAUAAGGAUAUUGACAGGGAUCAAGUCAUGGAUUACAAGAGAGCAAAAUAUGAUGAUUCUAGAUCAAAUGAGAGGAGGAGGCACGAAAAUGACAAACACAACGAGGAAGAUCCUAAAUAUAGAAGGCGUGUAGAGGAUGUCGAAGAGGAGCGUGGUAAUAGAAGGCAUGGAAAAAUAGAUGAAGAAAGGGGAAGUAAGGAGACUGAGAGGGAGAAGAGGAGGCACGGAAAUGACAAACAUAAUGAAGAGCAUCGCAAAUAUAGAAGGCAUGCAGAGGAUAUUGAAGAGGAGCAUGGAAAUAGAAGGUAUGGUAAAGUAGAUGAAGAAAGGGGAAGUAAGGAGACUGAGAGGGUUAGGAGGAGGCAUGAAAAUGACAAACACAAUGAAGAUGAUCAUAUAUAUAGAAGGCAUGGAGAGGAUGUUGAAGAGGAGCGUGGAAUUAGAAGGCAUGGAAACAUAGAUGAAGAAGGGGGAAGUAAAGAGCCUGAGAGAGAUAGGCACCUGGAUUACAAGAGAGCAAGAUAUGAUGAUUCUAGAAGGCAUGGAAACAUAGAUGAAGAAGGGGGAAGUAAGGAGACUGAGAGAGAUAGGCACCUGGAUUACAAGAGAGCAAGAUAUGAUGAUUCUAGAUCAAGUGAGAGAAGAAGAUAUGAAAAUGACAAACAUAAUGAUGGUCGUUCCAGGAAUCGGGACUGAUUUAUGGUUUUAUUGUGUCUGUCAGAGGAGCUUGCUGAACAUAAUCGAAUGUCGAGAGCAGAACUGGUUGUGCCGCUGGGCCGCUGGUGAUGGAGGUGGCAUAUUAGUUUGACCAACCGUUGAGAGCUGAACUGGUUAUGCCGCCUGUGAUGGAGUGGAAUUUUAGUUUGGCCGAGUUUGUUGUAUCGCAUUUUGAGUUGUAAUGUUUUCUUGGAUCUGUAUCAGAUUAUGCAACUUAGCUGUAAUACGGUUUUUAGGAACGCAGUUUGAGACCUUUUUUUUUUUUUUUUUUUUUGGCAAUCAGAUCCAGCCCUGGAAUGCUGUGAUUUUAUUUUGCUAUUUUCACGAGUCUUUAGCAUGCCUCCUUCCCUGCAGCCAAUGGAGUCUUUGAGGAAGCAAUGAGAAACGCAAUGCUUUUAAUCUUAUUUAUUUGUU